CUUCACAUCUUCCCCGCUCUCUAUUCAUAUAAAACGAUCCAUUCAUUUCUUUUCGAAGAUGGGUUUCACUUCUAGGAAAUUAGUCCUCUUGGUGGUGCUUUUCAAUUUCACGCUUCUCUCAGCUUGGAGUUUCCGAGAACUUGAAGCAAUGCGGCUACUAGGAGGAGGCCAAUGGGCGAAGAGAAACAGUCUUGUGCUUCAGUCUCUGCAGAAAGGUCCAGUGCUGCCAUCCGGCCCCAGUCCUUGUACUCACAUCCCAGAACAAAGGGCAGGGCGAUGCACCUUCAAUGAAAAGAAUAUAGCUGACGACAUUGCAACUGCACCUCCAGCCGUUUCCGCGUACAUGCUGGCAGAGGAUGCUGUCAUGGCUUCCCUUGCUAAGGAUGGCUAUGACCAAGAUCACAGCUCUUAAUGAUGUAAUCAUAUUUGUGCAUGGAUCAGCUGAUGAGUUAGAUGUGGAAGAUAGAUCCCAAUCCUUAUGAUUAGUAUAUAUGUUUUAUCUCUAACCUUAAUUCAUUUCAUAUACUUGGUUUAGAAAGAAUAACCAAUUCAACUGGUUAGAUAAGAUGCCAUGUAAACUGAGUUUAGU